AAUAAUUUUAAUUUGUUGAGUGUGUCCUUCCUUGCUCUUCUCACGUGUUAUCAACGACACAAUAUUGUCUUCUCUUCAAUCCCCUUCUCUCUCUCUCUCUCGAGUCUCGCCCAAAGUGAAGAAAUCUCAAGAUCGAGAAAGGAGAAAAUUGUUAGCUAAUCAGAUUUCACAAUGUCAGCAGCUUCGACAAUGGCGGUUAUGGGAGCAUCAAGUUCGUGGUCCAGAGCUAUGAUACAGAUCUCACCUUACACUUUCUCUGCUGUUGGAAUUGCUAUUGCUAUUGGUGUCUCUGUUCUUGGUGCCGCUUGGGGGAUUUACAUUACCGGAAGUAGUCUGAUUGGUGCUGCAAUCAAAGCUCCUCGCAUCACCUCCAAGAAUCUCAUUAGUGUGAUUUUCUGUGAAGCCGUUGCUAUCUAUGGUGUUAUUGUGGCAAUUAUUCUGCAAACUAAAUUAGAGAGUGUCCCAGCAUCCAAGAUAUAUGCAGCGGAGUCCCUUCGAGCAGGAUAUGCAAUAUUUGCCUCUGGAAUUAUUGUGGGCUUUGCCAACCUUGUUUGCGGGCUCUGCGUAGGGAUUAUUGGUAGCAGUUGCGCAUUGUCAGAUGCACAAAAUUCCACCCUUUUCGUCAAGAUUCUUGUGAUUGAGAUUUUCGGUAGUGCACUGGGAUUGUUUGGAGUGAUUGUGGGAAUAAUCAUGUCUGCUCAAGCAACAUGGCCUUCUAAAACAGCAUGAUCACGUACAUCUGCUUUCUUUGCGCUGCCAUUUGGAAGCUGUAUUUGCUCUCUUGCCAAUAGUUUAUUGUUUUUGUAGGAGUAUUAAUUGAAGAGGUUCUUGGUUCUCCCAUUGCAUUCGCAUAAAUGAAAUCGACAUAAGCUAGGCCAUGUCUGACCUGCAACCGAUGUCAUUUACACUGUUGUAUUAUUACUUCACUUGAACUGAAGAAACAUGAAUGACUUAUAGUUAUUUUUUUCCUGGAGAGUGCUGCUUGUACUUAUUCUCAGCAAAGGAAUAUUGUUUGUACGCGGAUAGCCGCUGAAAGUUAAUAAGCUCCUGCCUGA